AUGCCUAAAGGCAGAGACGCCCUUUUGGGCGAUAUCCGUAAAGGCGCCAACUUGAAGAAAGCUACAACUGUCGAUAAGUCAGGCCCCCUUUUGGGUUCAGGGGGCUCCAGCGCCGCCACGCCGGGUUUUCUGCUGCCCCUGCCGGCACCAACGUCGCUGCCGGCGCCGCUGGGUGCUCCUGCUCCGCCGCAAUUGGGUGACCUAUUCCUGGGUGGCAUGCCCAAGUUGAAGUCCGUCAAGGACAACCGCUCGGGGAUCGUGCCGCUGGCGCCGCCACCGGUGCCGCCUACGCUGGCGCCCAAAUCGCCUGCUCCGCCGGAAACUGCCGCCCCGGCCGUGCCGAAAAUGCCCUCGUCCAGGCCUCUGAAGACCCCGGCCGUGCCUAAAUCAACGCCUGCUCCUCCGUCAGCAGCGCCUCCGAUCCCGUCGUCGCCGCCGCCCGUGCCGGGAUCCACCUCGUCGCUUCAGGUGCCCAAGGCGCCGCCCAGACCGUCGAAAAAGGGCCACCUCAAGCUGGCCUCUGUCAGCUCCGUCAGCUCGGUAGAACUGGCUGCCCUGAACAGGGGUCCUCCUCCGGUACCCUCUGCUCCACCGCCAACGGCAGCGCCUCCCGUGCCUUCAGCGCCUCCACCGGUCCCCUCGGCGCCUCCUCCACCCACAAUGGCUCCCAAGGCUCCGCUGGCGCCCAAGGACUCUGGGGCUCCUGCUGCUCCGCUGCCUCCGCCAGGCGGCCUCCCGUUUUUGAGCGAAAUCAACGCCAAAAGAAACGACUCGCAUGUGGUGGACAACGCCGGCGGCUCGGCCCCUUCAGCGCCUUCUUCUCGGCCCAAAGCGGCACACAAGGGUCCUCCAGCUUCCUCGGCUCCUCCGAUCCCAUCGGCUCCACCACCAGUGCCUUCGGCACCUACGCCUCCCGUGCCGCUGGCGCCUCCUCCACCCACGCUGGCGCCAAAACCGCCUUCUUCAGGCCCUCCCAAACCGCCUGCGUCAGGGCCUCCAAAAUUGCCUACUUCGGCGCCUCCACCACCUACAAACCUGGCGCCUCCACCGCCUCCGCUGAUUCCUCCACCGCCGCUGCUUCUGCUGAGCAAACCGUCGUCGAAAUUAGACGCUCCCAAGGCUCCUGCCUUGCCAGGCGGAUCGCUUCCGUUCUUGGACCAGAUCAACGCAAAGAGAAACGACUCCACCGUGGUCGACGGCACCUCGAGCUACUCCACAUACAACCUGGAGGCCUCCACGCCGCAGCUGUCUACGCCUAAACCACCGUCGGGAGCUCCUCCAAUCCCUCUGAGCGUGCCAAAACCACCUACAUCGUCGGUUCCCAAACCACCUACAUCGUCAGCACCAAAGGCGCCUGCGUCUUCUGCUCCAGAACCGCCGUCCGGCCCGGCUCCGUCGUUCUUGGACCAGCUCAAUGCCAGAAACAAGGCCCAGACGUCAAAGUCUCCAGCACCCUCGGCUGCUCCGCCAAUUCCACAAUCGCUGGCUCCUUCGGCGCCUUCACAGGCUCCUCCAACCCCCCAGGCGCCGCCAGUGCCCACAUCGUUGCCUCCAACGCCUCUGGCUCCUUCACAGGCACCACCUACGCCGCUGAUUCCAACGCAGGCGCCUCCACCUCCAAGAGCUCCUUCGCCUCCUCUGGCUCCACCGCCACUGCUGUUUCCUCCACCUCCUCUGGCUUCUCUGGCGCCUCUGGCUCCAUCGCUACCGAAGCAGACUCCUCCUGCUCCAUCGUCAUACAAACCCAAAAAGGCAGCACCUCCGCCGCCGCCAAGCACCAUGGAGCAGCAGCAGUCAACGGGCCAGAAUCUCCGGAAAAUCUCUGCGCUGGACUACACCAUCAACACGCAGCAGAGAAACGGAAGCAGUUCAGAAAGAUUGGUUAUCGAGGACACGAGGUUCAAGUGGGUUAACAGCGACGCUUUGCCUAAUCCUCGUCGUUUUGAGCGCAAGGAAAAGCUCUACCCUAGUGGUAGAGGGUCCUCUGUGCCUCUUGACCUUCUGUUGUUUUAG